GAUGGAGUUCGACUGCGAGAGUCUCAGGCGGCUCCUGGGCAAGGUGCAGGCAGCCCGCCAGACCGGGUCUGAGGGUCCGGGGUGUCGGGGCUGAGCUAUCUCCUCGUGGGGGUUCCCAGACUAGUCGCGGCGAUUGGAGCGGAGGCGGGCUGGCCAGAAGCCGGCUCUGGGGAGUGGUCCCUGGGAGGCCGCGGGCUUCUCCCUCGGGAUCCCUGCAUCCCUCGGGUCGGGGCUGUGGCUCCGCCCACGACUCCGAAACCCCUGCACUCCACGCGGUGUGAGUUCUCACGCCACUAGCGUUUCGGCGACUUAGCUCCCAGCCCUCGCCAGUGCCUUUAACCACGCCUUUCUCUAUGUUGAAAUGGCCUGCCCCCCCCCUUUUUUUUUUUUUUUUUUUGCUUUGCAAUCUUCCCUUCUGAGACUCAGCUCAGAUGUCACUCCCUGCAAGAUGGAAUCACGCCCUUCGCUCCGCUUGCCUUCAGAAUACAAGUUCAGAGAUCUAACUGUGGAAGAACUAAAGAAUGUAAAUAGGUUUUUCCCACAUUUCAGAUAUUCCAUGGACACCUAUGUGUUCAAAGAUAGUUCCCAGAAAGACCUGCUGAAUUUCACUGGCACUAUUCCUGUGAUGUACCAUGGUAAUACAUAUAACAUACCAAUUCGUUUGUGGAUCUUGGAUUCCCACCCUUUUGCUCCCCCCAUUUGCUUCUUAAAGCCAACUGCAAAUAUGGGUGUCUCAGUUGGAAAACAUGUGGAUGCUCAAGGCAGAAUAUACUUGCCCUAUCUUCAAAACUGGAGCCAUCCUAAGUCUGUCAUUGUUGGACUAAUUAAAGAAAUGAUUGCCAAGUUUCAAGAGGAACUUCCCCUGUAUUCUCUACCAUCAUCUGAUGAGGCACGGCAGGUAGACUUGCUAGCCUAUAUUGCAAAAAUCACUGAAGGUGUCUCAGACAUAAAUUCAAAGAACUGGGCAAAUCAUGAGCAUAAAACAGUCAAUAAAAUUACUGUGGUUGGAGGUGGAGAACUGGGAAUUGCCUGCACAUUAGCAAUCUCAGCAAAGGGCAUUGCAGACAGACUGGUCCUCUUGGACCUCUCAGAAGAGACGAAAGGAGGAGUGAUGGACCUUGACAUCUUUAACCUGCCUAAUGUGGAGAUCAGCAAAGAUUUGUCUGCCUCUGCUCAUUCCAAGGUGGUGAUCUUCACAGUCAACUCUUUGGGUAGUUCUCAGUCCUACCUUGAUGUGGUACAAAGCAAUGUGGAUAUGUUCAGAGCCCUUGUCCCAGCUCUGGGACACUAUAGUCAACAUGGUAUCCUGCUUGUUGCAUCUCAACCAGUGGAAAUCAUGACUUAUGUGACGUGGAAACUGAGUGCAUUUCCUACAAAUCGAGUGAUUGGAAUUGGAUGUAAUCUGGAUUCACAGAGAUUACAGUACAUUAUUACAAAUGUUUUGAAGGCACAAAUGUCAGGAAAACAAGUAUGGGUUAUUGGUGAGCAGGGAGAAGACAAAGUGCCCACAUGGGGUGGCCAAGAAGAAGUGAUGAGUCAUAACUCUCAAGUGCAGUUGUCCACCAGAGCCAUGGAGGUGUUACGGGUGAAAGGUCAAAGAUCCUGGUCUGUUGGACUAUCAGUGGCUGACCUGGUUGACAGUAUUGUAAAUGAUAAAAAGAAAGUACAUUCUGUAUCAAUUUUAGCAAAGGGAUAUUAUGAUAUAAACAAUGAAGUGUUUUUAAGUUUGCCUUGCAUCCUUGGAUCCAGUGGAGUAUCUGAAGUCAUCCAAAGCACAGUGAAGGAAGAUACAGCAACUGAGAAACUCCAGAGCAGUGCAUCAUCAAUCCAUGGUCUCCAACAACAGUUAAAACUUUGAUCCUAAAGUACAGAGUUACCUGAAAGGAAAGGUCAUUUAAUUUUGCCAACACAUACAGGGUUGAGAACUUCUGUAUCUUAUUAGUUACCCUUACAAACUGCUUGGUUAAGGUAGACGGUUUCCAGUUAGCUCUGUAAUUUGAAUCCUUAGGGAGUUAGAUAAGGAGGGGGAAGAAAUCUAAUUUUCUUUGUCGUUCUUGAGAUAUCUAAACUGUUCUUUAAAUCUAUAGAAGAUGUAGACAUUCAUCUACAAUCUACAAUAUGCAUCAUUUAAAUUUAUGGAUCCUCAUCUAAAAGCACAUUCAGCACUUUGGGAAUAUUUUGAAAGUAAUAUACUUUUAAAAGAAAAUUACUCUUUAUUACAGUAAACAUGAUAAGCUGAAGGUCCAGUAUUGGUUUACAGAAUCUGUGCUGGGUGUGCUUUCAAGAGAUCCACAGCUUAAGGUAUUGUUUCUUCUUUAAAAUAAAAUCGGUAGUAAUAGGAAAGCAUUUUGCUUUCCCUCUUUAAAUUAAUUAGCUACCCCUGGGUGUCUCAGUUGGUUAAGCCUCCAACUUUUGAUUUCAGCUCAGGUCAUGAUCUCCCUGUUCAUGAGAUCAAGCCCCACAUCAGGCUCUGUGUUGAUGGUGCAGAGCCUGCUUGGGAUUCUCUCUCCCUCUCUCUCCCUGCCUCUCUCUCUCAAAGUAAAUUUUAAAACCUUAAAAAAUUAACUAGCUACUGAAAAGUAAAAAAGGAAUUUUAUGUGCACUUUAAAAUAUUAAAAGGGAAGGUAACAUUUUUAAUAUUUGAAGAAAAAGUGUAAUUUCCAGUGGGACUGUCCUUUUUGAAAUUUUCUAUAACCUCUUCUUGGGAUAUAUAAUCUCUAACAUCUCAAAAACCAACUAUACUGCUAGUAGCAUAGAGAAAUGUGUAUUUAAAAAAAAUUUUUUUAAGUUUAUGUACUUUUGAGAGAGAAAGACCGAGCAUGAGCAGGGGAGGGGCAGAGAGAGACAGACUCAGAAUCCAAAGCAGGCUCCAGGCUCCAAGCUGUCAGCACAGAACCCUACGCGGGGCUCAAACUCACAAACUGUGAGAUCAUGACCUGAGCCGAAGUUGGACGCUUAACCGACUGAGCCACCCAGGCGCCCUGAGAAAUAUGUAUUUUUAGUGGAAAUAGAUUAUGAAUAAAUGCCAAGCAAUUUAAGUUUAAAAUAUGAGGCUUUCCUGAAAACCAUUAGUCGUAAGGGGAAGAGGACGGAUGGACUGGCUAUUCUGAGCAAAUCCUUUAACCCCUCCUGAAGAAAUGAUUCACAGCACAUAUGCCUUGGUGAUGGGUCAGUAACUGUAUCUUCAUAUAUGAAAGGUAGCAUAUUAUUACAGACGUAACACACAACUAAUUAGUAAUAACUAAUACUCAACACAUUUCAGGUAGUGUGAUGAGCAUUUUAUUAUUUUAUUGAAUCCUGAAAAUAAUCCACUGAGGUUGGUUUUAUCAUUUUAUAGAGGAGAAAACUGAGGUUUAGUGCCCAAGGUGUCACAGCCAAGAGGCACUUAAACACAUAGCCUCUAUUUUUUCUAAGCACUAGAAGGAAAAGCCUGACAGCCAAAAUAGUUACCACAAGACCAUAAAGCUGGGGUUCUAUACACUAUAGAAGGAUUACUUCUAUUCUCAUGUAGAGGCUGACUUAAUUUUUAUUCCAACAGAGUUUUUUGAAAGAUUGAUUCCCUGACUUCCCAUACUUGCCCUCAGCAAAUAGCAGAGAGGAGUAUACAGUGAAAUAGGUGUUCAUUUAAUCAUUUAUAUAGUAUUGCCUGGAAGCCUACAAUACACCAGGCACCAUACUGGGCACUGCAAAUAUAGUGGUGAGCAAACCUGGACUAGGUACAAGCCCUCAUGGUCCAUACAAUCUAGUAUGGGAGACAUUGUAAUCAAAUCUCACAAAUAAAUGUACAAUUGCAAGCGUAAUAAGUACUGUGAAGAAAUUCCCAGUGCUUUGAAAGCAUAUAAUCGGCAAAU